AUUAACAUGGCAAACCAAAUUCUUCUGUUGACUACUUUCCUAGCUAUGACAUGUGCUCUGGUCAUUGCUUUUGAGCCUAGUCCUUUGCAAGAUUUCUGUGUUGCUGACACUACUAGCUCAGUGACCAGAGUGAAUGGGCUACCCUGCUUGGACUCCAAGCUAGCACAGGCUGAUCAUUUCUUCUUCAGUGGACUUCACAUCCCAGGCAACACCUCAAACCCUGUUGGUGGAAAAGUCACCCCAGUCAAUGUGGUUCAAAUUCCAGGACUCAACACCCUCGGCAUCUCUCUGGCUCGCAUCGACUAUGCAAAAUGGGGUGUUAUCCCUCCCCACACUCAUCCCCGGGCCACCGAGAUUUUGACCGUCCUAGAAGGCAGCCUCUAUGUUGGCUUUGUGACCUCAAACCCUGACAACAAGCUCAUCUCAAAGGUCCUUUACAAGGGUGAUGUGUUUGUGUUCCCUGUUGGGCUAGUUCACUUCCAGCAGAAUGUGGGAAAAGGAAAUGCCGUUUCACUCUCUUCUUUGAGCAGCCAAAACCCUGGAGUCAACACCAUUGCCAAUGCUGUUUUUGGAGCCAAUCCUUCAAUCUCAGAUGAUAUUCUGGCCAAGUCCUUCCAGGUGGACAAAACCGUAAUUAGCAGUCUUCAGGCAAAAUUUUAGAUGUUUUCCCUGGAAAACAGUUUCUCAUAUUUCAUAUCAUCCCUCUGUUUAUGCUUUGUGAUUUGCAUCUUGUGAGCUGAAUUUGUAGAAGUAGAAGCGUGUAUUAAAAUCUCCAUGAAAAUCUGAUGUUUUUCAUUGGAAUUUCUUCGUUAAAGU